GGAAGGGAGGGAGGUGCGCACGUAAGAAAAUGGACUGCGCACAUUCCUCGCGGGCUCUCGCAUCGACCGAGCUGACGGCGUCCUCUUCCUAAAGAUGCUCGACGCGGAUGCUGCAGGAAGGAGCGGUUUUGCCAGAGGAGCGCGGUGCCGUGCGUCGUGGUGGUUCGGCUUUUUUUCCACGCAGCUGUCCAUCCUCCGACCAGACGGCGUCACAUGCAGCCGAAAGGCGCUUUAACGCUUCAGAAAAAAUGUCUUUGGGCGCCCGCCGCAGCCGACAGGGUUUGGACCAGCACCGGAGGCCAGCAUGCCCGGAUCAGAGGACGCUUUUAUAACGCUUGCGAAUCGUAUUUAUUAGAUUUUGGCACUUAACAUACAUUUAAAGACUCGGUCAUGGGGGAUGAGGGCAGCCUGUCUCGGCAGAUAGGGAGUGUGGAGAGGAGCGUGGUGUUCCUCAGGCAGGAGCACCUCACUUUACUCCACGGCCUCCACCUGGAGAUCCUGUCCCUGCAGAAACGAUGCUCAGAGCUGACAAGCGAGCUGAAGGUGAAGCCUCCAGGCAGGAGCCAAAUAGAGUUACAGGAGGAGGAGGAGCUCCUGGAGGCCAACUGUCAGCACUUGGAAAACUGUCUGGCUGAGCGGGAGUGCACCUUAGGAGAGCUACGCAAGGAGCUGAGUCACAAAGGGGCUUUGGUGGGAGCCCUCAGAGCCAAUCUCAAGGAAAAGGAGCGCCAUUUCCUGGAAGAGCUCAAACGCCGCAGCCACUGUUCCACCAUCCUCAACACGGAGCUGCAGAAACAAACCGAGGCAGCAGCAUACCUCUCCUUCCAGCUGCAUGCUGCCAGGCAGAAACUGCACCACCAGCGGAUGCAGCAGAGGCAGGGACUCCUUGCCAGAGCCAACAGUCAGGGGGCCCAGUACGGUGCUGAGCAGAACUCUGGUUCUCUACAGAUGCCAUCAGGAGCCUCCCCUUCCUCUCCAGUGGUUAAACCCAAGCGUAAGAGUGCACGAGCAUCUUCAAGGGUGGAGCGUGCGCGGGAGUGUGUGCCCAUAGAGAAAGUGAUGGGCCCUGAAGAGCCCACAGCGAUGCCGGACCCUGCGCUCUUCCUCCACCCUCGACGGCACAGGGCUCGCUCCAGGCACACUGUGGCACAGAGACAGCCUUCGCUGGGCCUGGAGAAGGAGGAUGAGGAAGGUGGUGGGGAGGGGCCAGUGGAGCCCCAGGAUGAAGCUGCCAGACUGAUGUCUUCAGCUGCAGCGCCCCCUGCUGCUGAGACAAAGGCAGAUUAGUGACUACUGUGACCUGAGCUUUUAACUGCAGUUUGAUCACUGUAUGAUUAUCUUCUGUCAGACUGUUAAUCCUGUUAACUGUUGUUCUGCACCUUGACUGAUACUGAGACUGGUUUUAGCUAUUGAAUUAUAUUACACUUAUUGUAGACACUUUUUUAAGAUGGACUUUGAUAUAACCUUAAAUAAUUUGCAAAGCAAAACUUAGUAAGUGUCACUUUAAGUCAGUCUUAAGUGAAUUAGAUAAAUGAUCUGUUUACACUGGUGUCUCAUGCUCAAUAUACAGUGGGGCCUUAUUUCAAAGCAACCCCUUUUUGAUUUAUGAGUUGUGAGUUUGACCAUGGUAGCAACCAUUUAUGGUGGACUACAAGCCUUGCGGGGUGGCCCAACCAAAUGUGACCUUUCAAGGCCAACCAUAAAUCAACCAUGUGACCAAACGUUUGCGUGGCCCCUGACUGAGUGACAGCUGAAAUAUCGGAUAUGGCGUUCACGUCUGUGAGUCCUCCAUGUGAAAAAAUAUAGAUUGGAAGGAAGUGUGUUCCUGUUAUUUGGGAAAAAACAACGACAACAGAUUAGAAACAAUAAUAUUUGAAUCCAAGACUGCUCCAUAUCACUCUAUUACGUUAUAUAUCGAUCAAUCGUAUCUGUAUUACACUUCAAACCAUUUGCCACAGAAAAUAUUAUCUGAUUUGUUGAAAGGAAUUCAUGAAAAUAAUUUAUCAGGACACUUAAAUAUAAUUCCAGUAUGGUCUCAAUUUGUGUUUCCCCUAACCUUUACCGAAACCUUUAACCUCAACCUCUUAUCUCCGAAACAACUGACCACACGCCAACAUAACGACAGAAGGCAACGCUUCAGGAAACACUAUUUGAGGGAGAAACAGAGAUCUGCCAACAGCUGAAACCGUUUCAAACCAGUGUUGUGCGAGGUAUUAACAGCAGGUAAAUGUAGCAACAAUAAUUAUGCUUCACCAUGGCCUCAAGUGACAAACUUUAAAAAUAGCAAAGUGUAUUACUGAUUAUUAUACUUUAUUUCAGACCAUAUGAAAAAAAUGAUACAUUUUACAACCAUUAUACGUAUCACACAGAGCAUCAAAAAUAUAAAUGCAUAUCAUAGUAAACUAAAAAUUAACUCUCCACAUCUCAGUACUUACGUAACACACUUUUUUUUGUCAUUAUCUUAAGAAUACAUUUCACCUAAUUUGUGGUUAAUAAAGCAGCUGUUAACUUGCAGGACACGUGCAAACUUUGUAUCUUGGACUAAAUAUUUAGUGUCUAAA